AUGCGUCCUUACUUCAGAGUAACCUUGCUGCUUCAGACGGUUUACGUUCUCUCCAAAACAACCAACAACACCAUCAUCUAUGGUAGUGAUGAUAUUAUAAGUCUGUCUUCUGAUGGGUCCAAGGCCGACAUAGUGGUUCUCGACUAUGGGUACAGUGUCGAGGGCCAUCCGACGUUCAAAGUAGUUUCCGCAUCAGGCCAUACAUCUGGCUUCGAACUUACCUUUGCAGAAUCCAAAACUGCGUUGGACGCAUACAUGAGCGAUGGACCCCUUCCCCUCACAGCAGCAAUGGAAACCUAUCGAGUCAACAAGUACAACAUAUCCGAUCCUGGAUUGUUCACCAAUCGACUUGUCUUGGCUGGAAGUCUUCAACUUGAGCGUGUGGGAGUCAAGCCAACAGUUCAUACAACACCCCUUACAGAACUACCAGGAUCUUUCGAAUGUUCUGACGAAGACUUGACUCGUAUUUGGUACACUGGUACCAGGACAGCUCAGCUCACCGAGAUCCCCAAGAACAGCAUCCCACAGUUCUGGCAGGUAACCGAUGAAGGAGCCUUGGUGGAGAAUGUAGCUCCCCAAGCUUUGAGUGACCCUACUGCGGCUCAGGCUACCAGUUACGAGAUUGACUUUGAGGUUAAACCUUUGACUGGUGAGUUUGUAUUUUCCGUUCUGUCAGAUACUUUGAACGAGGCUAUUCUCAUUACCUGCAAUGUCGAGAUUGGUGCCAUCUCCUCCAGCACUUCCUCGUCUGGCACUAUUCCCGCCAAGCUGAAUAUCGGCGAAUGGGUUUCUAUUCACGCACGGGUCAACAUGACCGACAUCGAGGUUUCUAUCAAUAACCAGACAGCCCUCAAGUUCAUACAGACAGACAAGUUCUAUGGCUCAUUUGGUCUUGGUACAUCUCUUGGACACUCCGCUUAUUAUCGCAACCUCCGCGCUACCACACUCAAUGGCGUCGAGAUUUAUUCUUCCACUUUGAAGGACCAAUCCUUUCUUGAUGAUUUCUUAAUGGGCACCAACCCUCUGGAUAUCAUCGUCGACGGUUCACGACGUGAUCGAAUUGCCUACUCUGGUGACCUCGAUAUUGCAAUCUCAUCGACAUUUGCUAGUACCUACGGAAAGUCAUUUGUCGAAGGAUCACUCGAUUUGGUCGGAUCGUUCCAGACAACCGCUGGAUUCUGGAUUCCCAAUGCUAAGAUCCAGCAAGCACCUUUACCCCAACCCCUCGACAUCAAUAUCACUGGUCUCAUUGGCUACUCUUUUAAUCUACUCAAUGGUCUUGCAACUAACUAUGAAGUACUCGGUAACAAGACAUUUGCCAAUGAAUGGGCCCCGCGAGCAGUUUCAAUGUUAGAGUGGGCUCAUUCUCAGUUGGUAGAUGGAGUCUUCACUAUCGACGAUGCGUCAUUGGCCGGUGACUGGAAUUAUUAUGAUCCUCCCCAGACAGGCGCCAGUACCAAGUUCAACGCUCUCUAUGCCUACUCUCUUCAAAAAUUAGAGAAGUUCCUCAAGGCGGGUGGUGUCAGCACGGGCAAGUAUCAGACUCGUCUCAAGAAUCUGCGCAAGGCUGUCCACAAACAUCUCUGGAAUGAGACAAUGGGCGCUUACGUUUUGAGUAGCGAGAUCAAGACUGGAUUCUCCCAGGACGCAAACGCUCUGGCUAUCCUCGCUGGUAUUCCUCAGAGCAACGGCAUUUCUGCCGGAUCGCUGUUGAAGACUAUGGAGGCAGAGCUACAGCUCCCAGCUGGACCUCUUGCCUUUAGCAGCGGUACAGUCAAAUCUGGAUUCGCCCAGAAGAUUAGCCCUUUCUCAUCCGCAUACCACCUCCGAGCAGCCUUUGAGUCUGGUGACCAGCACACUGCUAAACAACUCCUCAAGACAUUAUGGGCACCCAUGGCGAAUCCAGCCAAGGCCAAUUACACCAACACCUUCUGGGAGACCCUUGACACAGAUGGAACACCCGGACUUGGUAUCAUGACAUCUCUUUGCCAUGGGUGGGCUGCUGGACCUACCGCUGAACUAAGUAAGUGGGUUCUCGGAGUUCAAGUUGACAAGCCCGGAUUUGCCGAAUGGAAGGUCCAGCCCACGCUUCUUGGCCUCGAGUGGGCAAGAGGCCAUGUUCCGACCGAGAAGGGAACCAUUGAAGUUGACUGGAAGCUUGUGUCCAAUCUUUUGCACAUGAAGGUUCGAGUUGUGGGAGACAAGGGAACGAGUGGUACUGUUUAUCUUCCUCAGUUACUUCCUGUGGCGUGCGAGGACAGUGUGUUCAAGGUCAAUGGAAAGGUUGUCAAGAAGAACAAGUUUCCUGUUCGUGGUGGUGAACAGAUUGAGGUAGUCCAAAUGAGGAAGUAA